UUAGUGAAUUUAGUGAAUGUCACUUUUUGUCAUUUUCAAAUUUCCCGCCGCUCCGUCCCACGUACAUCCUGACAUCGCAGGGGACAGAACCCGGAAGACAGAUGCCGGCAUCCGGCGGAGGACAUUGCCGGGGACACUGCAGGAGGGACAUCGCGGGAGCGCAGGACAAGGUAAGAGAAGAACAGAUCCCAGAGCAACGCCGCAUGGUAAGCUCGAGUGUAGCUCGGGGUUACUGCUUUUGGUACUGAAACUUUACCCCGAGCUACACUUGGGAAUACCGCCAGGGAGGUUAAUAAAGUUAAACUGGUUGAUUUACUAAGAAUGUAGAGUGCAAAAUCUGGUGCAGAAACCAAUCAGCUGCCAGGUUUUAUUGUCAAAGCUUAAA